AUGCUGCAUCGCUUCAGCUCCCACUUGGCGCUCGUAUCGGUCCUCGCGCUCUUCACCGCCGCUUCCGUCCUCAGCACUUCGCCAGCCCACCCGGUCGGAGACGAGCUCGCCGAAGUCCUGGCUCGCUUCACCGGAUCCACGGCGGCAGAGGGUCACGGCAACGCGGUCCAACACGCCUCGCUUGGCCAAGGCGUUUCGAACCGUCUCGAGCAGCACGGUCGUGGAGCUGAUGUCGGACGGCCGUCCGCUGCGGGAGACGCUGCCCCUUCUCAUCCCUACGAGCCUGCAACUGAUGCCCACCUAGGGCCCGAGGCACCACCUUUGCAGGAUAAGCGGUCGCACGCCGCAGACUAUGCCGCUGCAGCGUCCACCUCGCUCCAGCACGGCCGCGUCGAGGAAUCGAGCCUGGUCAAUUAUGACCCAGUUCGGCUUCAGGCCAUGAUGGUUCAGCUGCGACGUCAGCGACUUCCGACCUACGAGACCACACCGGAGGAGGCCAACCUGAUCUUGUACGCUCACUAUCGACAACAGGCCCUCCUCGCUGCACAGCAAGCGCAGCGUGACCGCGGAGGACCGUCCAGCACUGCCCAAAACACUGCAGUAGCCUCUUUCCACACCGCAUCAGACCCCCAGGCUUGGCACACUGGAUACGCGCCAGCGCCUCAGUGGCAGCAGCGACCGGGUCACGAAGGCGGACUGCCCGUAAACGCGCCCUCCGGCCCCGCACAGCCAUCGCACCAAGUCGCACCGGCUCCUGGUCAGAGGCCACCCUACACCAUCCACGAGGCCUCACCGAGGGUCAACGGCAUAUUCAGAUCUCAGGCCGCCAAGCGAGAAUACCGCCUGAUCGAGGCGGAAUCCGCCGCGACCCCUCUGUGGACCACGCCGGCGGCGGAGGACCUGUUCAGGCCCCUUGCGCGGCACCACUCCUUCUCACGUGCGAGCGAGGAGCAGACCGACGCCGUCCUUGGCUACAUCAAGGCGAAGAUGCGCCGCGACUUUGCGCUGAUCGGCAAAGACUUGUCGCAGGUGGACAACGUCCACUUCCAGCCGUGGGGCGAGGAUCCGUUCCCCUUCCAGACCUACUCGCGACCGCGCACCACCAGGUCCGAGUGGCCCGUUCCUGCGGCUACCUGGACGGACCUGUCCGACCGCAGCGAGCAGGGGUUCGAGAUCGGCUCCUACACCUUCAGGCUGGUGCGCAGGAGGCAUGCCGCAAGGUUGGGCGAGCUUGCUCCCUGGACAGUCGUCGCCGUCGAGCGCCAUGGCCUGCGUCGAGUCCAGAAGGUCUACAUCGGCGAACUCAUCAUCCCCACGCAGCUCCUUGACCAAGCCUAG